CCCCCUUAACCUCUACACCGUGAAUCGACCCAGAACCGAUCGCAGCGUCCCGUCCGUGUCGACGUCACGAUCCUUUCUCUCGUUUUCACUCCACCGUUCGUGACAGUAAACGAGAACUUGCUUGCUGCACGAGCCGAGCCUCGCCUCCGCAGCACCCGAUCACGAUCCCGAAUCGCUCGUCCCCAAUCGUACCCGCACCCUCCUGCUCCUCGCCGGAGGGCCCCGAUCUCCGACCGAUCGAUCCCCCACCCCGGGGAAGCUCCGACCGGCGAUGUCGGCCGGAGGGAAGCAACCGCAGCCGCCGCCGCCGCAGUCGCCCUCGCCGUCGUCCCUCUUCACCCUCCGGGGAUCCCUCCUCACCCUCGCCCUCCUCACCCUCGCCUCCUUCACCGUCGUCUCCCUCAACUCCCUCCGCUCCCCGGCCGCCGCGGCGGCCGCCCCCGGGACGCUGACGCCGUCCUUCAGCAUCCUGAAGAUGUCGAGGGAGGCCGCCGGCGACGGCGACGGCGACGGCGGGGGCGGCGGCGGCGGCGGGGAGGAGUUGUCCGAUACCUACCACCUGCCCGAGGUCUUCCGGCUGAACUAUGCGGCCAUGGAGAGGGACUUCGGGGUGUUCAUAUACCCGGACGGGGAUCCCAACACGUUCUACCAGACGCCGAGGAAGCUCACCGGCAAGUACGCGAGCGAGGGGUAUUUCUUCCAGAACAUCAGGGAGGGGAGGUUCAGGACGGACGAUCCGGACCGAGCGCACUUGUUCUUCAUUCCGAUUUCGUGCCACAAGAUGCGAGGGAAGGGAACAUCGUAUGAGAAUAUGACCGUGAUAGUGCAGAACUAUGUGGGUAGUCUUAUUGCGAAGUAUCCAUAUUGGAAUAGAACCCUAGGAGCAGAUCACUUCUUUGUGACUUGCCAUGAUGUUGGUGUGAGGGCAACAGAAGGAGUUCCUCUUCUUGUAAAGAAUUCAAUUAGGGUGGUUUGCUCUCCAAGCUAUGAUGUUGGGUUCAUUCCGCACAAGGAUGUUGCGCUUCCCCAAGUACUACAACCGUUCGCUCUUCCAGCUGGAGGAAAUGAUGUGGAGAAUAGGACAAGACUUGGUUUCUGGGCUGGUCAUCGCAACUCCAAAAUUAGAGUUAUACUGGCACGUGUCUGGGAGAAUGACACUGAACUUGAUAUUUCAAAUAACAGAAUAAGUAGGGCAACUGGACAUCUGGUUUAUCAAAAGAGAUUUUACCGGACUAAGUUCUGCAUAUGUCCUGGUGGUUCCCAGGUCAACAGUGCCCGAAUAGCCGAUGCCAUCCAUUAUGGAUGUGUUCCUGUCAUUUUGUCCAAUUACUAUGAUCUGCCGUUCAAUGACAUCCUUGACUGGAGAAAAUUUUCGGUCAUAGUCAAGGAGAGUGAGGUGUAUAAUCUUAAGCAAAUACUGAAGAAUAUAUCUGAUGCUGAGUUUCUGCAACUGCACGAGAAUUUAGUAAAGGUCCAGAAGCACUUCCAGUGGAAUUCACCGCCAAUAAAAUAUGAUGCUUUCCACAUGGUCAUGUAUGAGCUCUGGUUGCGCCACCAUGUCAUCAAAUACUGAAAUGGUAAUGGUUGUUUUGACUACCUUUUGUCCAGAGUACGACGGAUGUUGAUUACAAAGCCUGUAAAUUUUCACCUUAUGAUUCUCACCCUCUUCCGUGGCUCCGGUGGAGCAAUCACUGGACAAAUACUGGGUAAUUGAAAUUCUUUGGUUCGUUAUAGUACUGAGUUGAUCUAGUCCACUGUUCUCAUUUCACUUUUCAAGUUCAUAGAAAGGAAAAUCAAUUGAAGAAUACUUGUUAGUUUUCAUCAAUUUGUCCGGAAGUACAUUCUCUUAGAUGCUUGAAAAAUUUUGAUCCUGAUAUCUGCCCUCAUCUGUCCUCUACUUUCUAGUCCCUUUUUUAGUCUGUUUACUGGCUUGGGUGUAUUUAGUUAUUGAGUUAUGAAAAAUUAAUAGUGUACUGGUAAAUACACUUUA